CUGUCCAGACCAAAGUCAUUGAGGACAGCUGCCCCGGAAAGGACUCAGUCAUCAGCCUGAAAGUCAAAGGGGAGACCAUGAAGAUUAGCUGCAGAACGAUCCAGGGAUCAGAGGCACAAGCCCGGGCUGGAGUGGCGUUUGCCUCCUACGUGGGCCUGGAGUCCAUCCUGAAUGGCAGCUUCUUCCAUGGCCAAAGGGACACCUCUGUCUUGCCAGUCCGGAUAAAUUCCAGGGUUGUGAGUGCCUUCCUGACCAGCGAGACCAAGACUGAUUUCCCGGAUCCAGUCCACUACACCUUCCAGAACAUCAUGGUGGGGAAAAAAAAGCCGCUAACACCUGGUUUCUCCUUGGGGAUACUUGCAGCCCGGGCUGGAGUGGCGUUUGCCUCCUACGUGGGCCUGGAGUCCAUCCUGAAUGGCAGCUUCUUCCAUGGCCAAAGGGACACCUCUGUCUUGCCAGUCCGGAUAAAUUCCAGGGUUGUGAGUGCCUUCCUGACCAGCGAGACCAAGACUGAUUUCCCGGAUCCAGUCCACUACACCUUCCAGAACAUCAUGCCAAGCAGCAGCCGCGACGAGCUCAUCUGCGUCUCGUGGGAGGCCACGGCCCGGCGUGGCAGCUGGUCUCGGGCAGGGUGCGGGGUCCUGCGCAGCAGCGCCACUCACACCACGUGCAGCUGCAAUCGCGUCUCCAACCUGGCCGUCCUCAUGGCAUCGGGGGAGAUAACGCUGGCCUGCGCCAUCAUCGCUGGCAUCCUGCACUACCUUUUCCUGGCCUGCUUCGCCUGGAUGUUCCUGGAGGCCGUGGUGCUCUUCCUCACCGUCCGCAACCUCGGGGUCGUCAACUAUUUCAGCACCCACCGCCCCAAGAUGCGGCACCUGUGCCUCUUCGGCUACGGCUUCCCCGCCCUGGUAGUGGCCAUCUCGGCGGCGGUUAUGCCGGAGGGCUACGGCAAGCGGGAAAACUGCUGGCUCAGCAUGGAGAAGGGGUUCAUCUGGAGUUUCCUGGGGCCGGUGUGUGUCAUCAUCGGGGUACGUAUCCAUUGCGGCUCGACCCUGCUGCCUACCUCAGCACGGUGAUGUCUGGAGCGCUGCCUGGCUUCCCUUGUCUAUUGCUAAGCACUGUGGGCC